AUGAAGAUACUCAGCUGGAAUUGCCGGGGUGUGAGCAACCCGAGAGCAGUUCCGAACUUACGUACUUUGGCUCAUCGUCACAGACCAGACAUUAUUUUUCUCUCUGAAACUUUAGCUGACUCUCGUAAAUUGGAACGCACUCGUGUUUCGUUAAAAUAUGAAUCUUGUUUAGCGGUGGAGGUGGUGGGAAGGAGCGGCGGAAUUGCGGUUUUGUGGAAUAAUAGUAUGAAGUGUAGUGUUUUAAAUUUCAGCAGAAACUUUAUUAAUUUGUUGGUGCAAGAUGAUGUGAGGGGAGAAUGGAGGCUUACAUGCUAUUACGGGUUCCCGGAACGUAGUAAACGAAGGAUGGCGUGGAGUAUGAUUAGGGAGUUACAUGGGAUGUCGCAGCUACCGUGGUGCAUUUUGGGUGACUUUAACGACUUGUUGUCUCAAAAUGAUAAGCAAGGUUUGCAUCCUCACCCCAGUUGGAUGUGCACAGGUUUUCAAGAGGUUGUAGGAGAUUGUGACCUUACUGAUAUCCCGUUGGAGGGACAUCCUUUCACAUGGACAAAAAGUCGCGGUGUGCCGCACAUGAUUAAGGAACGGUUAGACAAGGCCCUUGCCGUUUCGUCGUGGCUGCAAUUAUUUCCUUCCGCAAAGCUUCAAAAUCUUAUUGCUACGCACUCGGAUCACAGUCCCAUCUUACUCAAUUGUGAUCUGUGGCAAAGGUGUCAUAAUCGUAGAACUUUCAGGUUCGAAAAUUGGUGGUUAAAGGAAGAAGGUGUUAAGGAGGUGGUGCGUGAUAGUUGGGGUGCUGAGAACCAACAUACUGUUGUUAUGAAACUUACUGAGUGUGCUGGUGAACUUGAAAGAUGGAAUAGGCAGGUUGAGACAUAA